CGUCGGUGUGGUUGACAGGCAGUCGAGGUUGCAGCAGGCUGAGGGAGACGGUGGAAGGUAAGCAGGAGGCAGCAUCAUGGCGGACAGAGACAGUGGCAGUGACCACGGAGGGCUGGCCACAGGCCCCGGCUCCCUGCCUCCGGGCGCGAUGGGCGCCGCGGCAAGACUGCAACACGACACGGAGGAGCUCGCGUCAAAGCGAGUCGACAUCCAGAAUAAGCGCUUCUACCUAGACGUGAAGCAGAAUGCAAAAGGCCGCUUCCUAAAGAUAGCCGAGGUCGGAGCUGGGGGAAAUAAGAGCCGCCUCACUCUCUCUAUGUCAGUGGCAGUGGAGUUCCGUGACUAUCUCGGGGACUUCAUCGAACAUUACGCCCAGCUGGGCCCGAGCAACCCGGAUAUAGUGCAGGAUGAGCCCCGGCGUGCCCUCAAGAGCGAAUUUCUAGUGCGAGAGAAUCGCAAAUAUUACAUGGAUCUGAAAGAGAACCAGAGGGGGCGGUUCCUAAGGAUCCGUCAGACCGUUAAUCGGGGGCCCGGAUUGGGAAGUGCACAAGGCCAGACCAUCGCGCUUCCAGCGCAGGGACUUAUCGAGUUCCGUGACGCUUUGGCCAAACUCAUCGAUGAUUACGGUGUAGACGAGGAACCAGCAGAACUACCCGAGGGCACUUCCUUGACUGUUGACAACAAACGCUUUUUCUUCGACGUGGGUUCUAACAAGUACGGAGUGUUCAUGCGGGUCAGCGAGGUGAAGCCUACCUACCGGAACUCCAUCACUGUUCCGUGCAAAGUGUGGUCCAAAUUCGGCAACACGUUCUGUAAAUAUGCGGAGGAGAUGAGAAAGAUCCAGGAGCGGAGUAGAGAGAAACGGGCCUCCGAACUCCUACCGGAGGGCCAACAUGGUGACGACGGGGACGAUGAUUGACGGAUUACCGGCUUGAGCAGAAAUAAAUAACAACAAACAACAGACUUUAUAAUCAGACUUUUACUGUAAAAUAUAAAGAGAGAAUUCCAAGGGAACCACCCCACACACAACCUUCACAGUCAGACUGGCAGUAGCCUACUGUCUCGUCGUUCAUUGCUGGAUGUCACCCACUUACCAACCAUUUUAACAGUAAGCCGCUGCUAUCAAUAACUUGUUUGAACUGUAAAAUAUGAACUGUUUCCUACUUGAUUUAAAUGACAAUGAACAGAGUGUUUAUUGCUCUAACAAACAACCCGAUUUUGCACACGUCCAAGCUAUUUCGGAAAGGUUUCCAAAGUGCAAAACGAAAAAAAACGUAAAUUGGAAAUUACGAAGAUCUCCAUGUAAACCAACAUUUGACAUCAGCACAAAAAAAAAAAAAAAUAUAUAUAUAUAUAUAUAUGAUAAAUUACUUUAGCAAACCAAUAUCUGAAAUCAGUUGUAGUUUAUUAAUAUAAGGUACGCAGGAAAUAAAAAGUAAAGCGCUAUCUAUUAACGUGUACUGCAGAAUGCAACGCACAGACUGAAAAAAAUAGACACUUCUGCCAAUAUGCGUAGGCCUAAAUCUCUUUUAAAAAGGCAUUUGGGAAAGUUAUAGUGUUUAAUUUGAUCGAAAAUGUAGUUAUGAAACGCGUUUUUAUCAUGUCAUAGGCCUACAUUAUGGAGUCUUUUAUGAGAGCAGAGUCGAUAUUGGCCUAAACGGGAUAGAAGCAUCUUUACUAUUGAAUAUCAACCCUUUUGCACCAUGUCCAUUCAAAUUUGGAACAAUGGUUAGAUAAAAAAUGUGCUAACUUAGAUAUACUAAUUAUGAUUUUGUGAAUCAGCUGUAUUUAAAUCCUAAAAUGCCCACGUUUUCUGUGGGCAAGUUUUCUUUUUCGGGGGAGGGUGGGAUGGGGCACAAAAAACAGAUGCUCAACCGGUGAUGGCAGCGCGAGACGCGUAAAAAGACGCAUCAGCGCGCGGCUACAUGCAUGCUGAGCCGCGAGGGCGCAUCCUCUCUGACGUCAGAACAACCUGGUGCCUUAUACACUCCACUCGUUUACGUGCUUCACAUUGUGGUCGAUGUUAAUGAUAUCUCUCUCGACCACUGUAUGUUUUCAUUUGUAAGUUCUAUACUGUUUGCUGUAUGGCUAUUGGUCAACACUAACAAGCCAAACCAGAGAGGCCCUUUUCUGUAGCCUGUCUCCCUCCACAGGCAGGAGAGCAGAGAAUGGCCCCUAGAACAGCAACAGCAGCAGCACUUCUAAUGUGAGCAUGGAUAGUCAUCAGAGAUGUGGGGUUGUGUCUGUCCACCUCUUGCACCAUGUAAAAUGUAACUGGACGUAUACAGUAGUCAGUCAGUGGGGAUGAGAUGGAGACGGAUGAUGGAUGGAUGCCCUAAGAGCCCCUUGUGAGGUUUUUCUGGAUGUAGGCCAAAAGGCCAAGGCAGUAUCUUUCUAUGGUGCUACAGCUCCAAUAUAAUCCAAACUAGACCGGGCUUGCUGGUCUAAUUUGUCACAGCAUUAUUUGAUUUCUCAACGUUACUCUCCACAUGUUGUCAGAGCAGCAGUCUCCCCCUACACAGGGUGAUGACAGACUGUGAGGACAUUACUUUAUAGUGUGCAAUAUUGUACGUGCCAAUCAUGGCAUUGUAUGUUGUAUAGACAAAAAAAAAGACAAAUAUAUAUGUGAUUGAUAUUUGAAAAGCAUGAGUCUGAAUUCUGCAUUGUUAUGGAAAUGUGAAGUCUUUCUCUGCAUUUAAGUGAAAAGGUUUCAAACUAGUGUGAGAUUUCCCAUCACUUUCAUAUACAGUAACCCCCACUGUGUUUCAGUGAGUGUUGGCAAGUUUCUGAUGUUUCUCUUUCCACAGAAUCGCUACAGUGACAUAGCUUAUCCCGCCCACAAAUCAGAAAGCUUAUCUCCUCAUCUUCAGCUGCAUGACCAUGGUAACAACCUCUACCAGUCCCUUUAGAGGUGUGGUCUUCUGGAAUCUCUCCCACUACAAUUUCAACUUCCAUUCAUCCUACGAAGCUGUUUAAAGAUCCACUAAAUUGAGUUUCAGUGUUCUAUUGUUGCUAUGACGUUUCUCUGGUCCUUCAAGUUCAGACCAAUCACUCACAGACAACGUCAAUAAUGGGAAAGGCCAAUCACAAUCUUGUUUGUGAAGCCAACAGUCACCUUGACCAUUACUAGCUCAGCACACAUUCUGUUUUGCACAUACCAAUGCAGAGUCCUUCAUGUAUGCAGACUGUAUAGGCUACUGUUAUUUACAGGGAAGAGACAUUGGGAAAAGGAUCUAUAAAAGUCAAUGGGGAGGAAGAGGGUCAAUGCACAAUGAACAUAUCCCAUGUCACCGUAUGGUCUAACUACCCUUUAUCAACCCUAUAUGAUAUGUUGCACCUUUCAAAAUAUUUUAUCUGUGGUGUGUGUGUGUGUAUAUGAUGAUCCUUGUUUCAGAAAAAUAUAACAUAUAAACAGGAAAAGCAUAUUGCUGUUUUUUUUAUUUUGUAUUUUAUACUUACAGAAAGCAUUGAAUAAGAUGGAUAAAUACUUGCACUUUAGAUAUAUUAAGAAAAUAAAAAAUCUGCAUAUUAUUUUUGAUAGGGAUCUCACAUUCAGAGUAUAAAUUACUUUCCAGGCUUUGUGACAUUGCUGGACAGAGAUGUAUCAAGUUCUUCUACUUAUUGAAGUAUAUUUUGUCUGUGUUUCAGAAGGUUUACUAAAGUAAAUUGCAUGAUAAAGUAGUGUUACACCAAUAUUGAUAUUUUUUAGUUGGUAUAAAGGUCUGAAAACUGUGAUGUACCAUGUUUAACUUUUUCCCCAUACAUUCUAGAGUAGUUCUUACUGAUUUAUGGCCUUUCCUGACUACAUGACGAUGGUGCUUAAUUUGGCUUUGAAAAAUCUGCUCAUCCUACAUUUGACAUCAUCAUAACUUGUAUCUUACUGUACUUCAUUACUUUGUUUAUGUACUUUCACUACCUUAUUAAAUUUUAGUUGAUGGCAAAACGUGUGCUGUUUUGUACGUUGUUGUUUUAAUGUUGGAAAAGCCUUUUGUCGUCUGAAAAUGACUAAUUGCAAUAAACAGGCAUUCCUCAUG